AUGAACCCACAAGAUUCAUUUGUUUGGACAACGUUCCAGCCCAAAUCUUUCUGGGCCCGGAAACGGAAUGUCGUUCUUAAGAAUACGGUACCUUUCCAGUUGGAAAUGCUGAAAACGACGGGGAGGUACGAAGCAUUUGAUCUGAAAUGGCAUCCUAUCUACGACGAUGAGCCCGCCACGUGGCCUGUACCGAAACAUCUUUUCUGGGACUCGGAUGUUGGGAAAUGGAUCGAGGGUCUGGCUUAUUUUGGAGAUCUCGAGGAAGGGAAUGAAAGUCAACUCGAUCAAGCUGCUGCGGAUCUUGUUCAGAAGAUCAACAGGGCCCAGCAAGAGGACGGCUAUCUGAACAUUCAUUUCACCGUGGUGGCUCCUAAGGAGCGCUUCUCUAACCUGCGGGAUCUCCACGAGCUAUACAAUGCCGGCCAUCUCAUCGAGGGGGCUUUGGCUCACCAGCUACGCUUCAAGUCGGACGAGCUCAUGAAGCCGAUGAAGAAAUACAUCGAUCUGCUGCACAAGACCUUUGGACCUGGUGAGGGCCAGAGACAUGGGUAUCCGGGACACCCCGAGAUCGAGCUGGCUCUAAUCCGAUUUUACAAAAGAACCGGUGACACGAAGGCUUUAGAGCUUGCAAAGUAUUUCGUAGAGGAGCGAGGAAAUUCGACGGGGGCGAGUGGCAAGCAUUACUAUGAUGCUGAAGCUGAAGCGCGUGGCGAGAGCAAAUACACUGCACCCUCGUACUAUCCCGCGGCGCGAAGUUACUGGUAUAACCAGGCACAUAAGCCAAUCGUCGAACAAGAGACCAUCGAGGGCCACUCGGUAAGAGCGAUGUAUCUUUUAACGGCCGUCGCCGACUUGGCCGUCCUCGACCCCAAGACCUACGGCCCCAAGUAUCUGCCCGCACUCAACCGACUAUGGAACAACAUGGUGGACAAAAGGAUGUACCUCACAGGCGGAAUUGGGGCUAUCAGCAAGUGGGAAGGUUUCGGAAUCGACUACUUCCUGCCUCAAUCCACAGACGAGGGCGGUUGUUACGCCGAGACAUGCGCGGCGAUCGGCGUUAUGAUGCUGGCGGAGCGGCUCCUCCAGAUCGAACUCGACGGCCACUACACUGACGUUCUAGAGCGCGCCCUGUACAACGCCAUGCUCACUGGCAUGUCUGUCGACGGCAAGGCUUUUACCUACGUCAACCAGAUGGCUACAUCGGAAGCGGAUGCGUCCAACAAGCGCGAGGAGUGGUUCGAAUGCGCUUGUUGUCCUCCCAACGUCGCAAGAGUCCUUGGGCACAUCGGAGGUUACUUAUGGACUCCCAAAACUGAUUCCGAGACCUCGACCACAAUCAAUAUCCACUUGUACGCUUCUGCAUCACUCGACUAUACAUUGGAAGGCACCCAGAAAAAAGUCAAACUGAGCCAGACGACCAACUACCCGUGGGAGGGCAGCGUCGAUUUCGCACUCGGCAAUGUUUCCGGUGUUGAUGUAGACAUCAACCUCAGGAUACCGGCAUGGGCAGGCGAUUCCUGGGAGAUAACUCCCAAGCCCCCUUCCACGUCCCUAAGCAAGGGAUAUCUGCACCUCGACGCUGCAUACCUGAAGAGCAACCCCAACUUCAGGCUCACUGUGCCACUCGCACACCGCCUCCUCCGCCCGCACCCCUUCACACUCCAGCGCAUCGCGGUUCUCGCCCGCGGGCCUUUGAUCUAUUGCGUCGAAGACGUUGACAACCCUUGGGUCACGGAUCACUUCAAGUCGCUUGUGCUGGCACCGGGCAUCACAAAGGCGGGGGAGCAGCUGAGCGGGCACGUUGUCGAGGAGGAGAAGACGGACCUGCCCCUCGGCGAGCCCUAUGUCGGGUUGACGCUCAAGAAGGGCGGGCUCGUCAUCCCGCAGGAUGAAAUGCUGCCUGCCUUGGAAUCGAAGGGUCUCGAGGCGCUCAUCGAGGGCAAAGAGGGUGUUGACCUACUAUUUGUUCCGUAUUGGGCGAGGGCAAACAGAGGUGGGAAGCACCAGAUGCGUGUCGGUAUUAGGACUUUGGAUUGA